CCAAAUUUAACUGAAAUUGUGAGUGAAAAGGAGCCUUAAGCUCAAGCUGUGUUUGAAACUCCGCAAUUAGUGGAUAAGAUCAUAAUGGAAUGACUAUAUAGUCCACAAUCACGCCGCUACUUUAAUUUCAGUAUUCUACGCAUCAAUUAAUUUGGGAGGCAAACAGCACAUGGAAACUGGAAAGUAGCGGCUCCGACAGUCAGUCCACGCCUCCACCGCUCCACGGGACAUCCCAAUUCUCACCUCCUCACCUUUUCAUUCCGGCCACAAUCGAACGAAGCACGGUCUAAUUAAAAAAAGAAAAGAAAUGCGGUGGGGUGGCUACCACUCACGUGGUUCCUCUUCCUUCUUCCUAAAGGAGAGUUGCAAUUAAGACAUUUGGAAGGAUUUACUUAAUUGGAAAUUCAAUUUGGCUCCUUGAAAGGAGGGGAGGUUGACCAUCCGCCGGCCGGUGAUCGGUGAACAUCAAAGCCAGGCCCAUGUAUUAACCCAUAUCAUGAUGUGAAGUUUACGUUUCCUUUAAACCUGGGAGAUGUGGCCUAGCACUAGCAGCUCACCCUAGUUAAUCCACAGACACUGGACACAGAAUGGGCGAUUCCCUUAGCUAGCUUAAUUGGCUACUACUUCCAGGAAGGUGCCAACUGCCAAGCUUUCUUCAUUUCAUUUGUUCCUAAUUAAGGUUCUGUUUGUGUUGAUGGCAGAGACCAAAUUAAACCAUUAUAUUCCGCAAUUGGUGGUAUUUUUUGGAAUUUGCUGGAUGGCUUUCACAUGUCUUGCAGGCCCAAAAUGAGGGUCCUGAAUCCUGAUCAACCUUAUGAGUUAUGACCGGCCCAGCAUAGCAUGACUCUGAACACUCAACCCUUGUACCACACGGAACCCAAGUACCUAGCAUAUAUGACUGCAUCUGCAUGUCUGAUCAAAAAGAAAAGACGAACCCUUCAACUAAUCUAAUCCCCCCUCUCAUUUCUCUGCAAAUAAAUCCAUUUGGGUUCUUAGAUAGAUUAGACAGUUCAUACCAUACAGUUUUUCUAUCCAGUACUCCCUUCUCAUUGUUCGCUCAUUCAUGGACACUACUGUGCAUCACUUGCUCCUUUUUAUCACCUUCUCAUGCCUCUCCUCCAUACUCGCACAAUCAAAUGUGUACAUCGUCCACAUGGACUUAUCCGCCAUGCCUGAAACUUUCAGUAGCCACGAUAGUUGGUACAUGGCUAUGCUUUCUUCUGUAUCUGAAGCAACUUAUGCUGUUGCUUCUACGACCUCCAAGGCCUCUAAACUUAUCUACACUUACAGCAAUGCCAUCCAUGGAUUUGCUGCAGCUCUCUCCCCUUCCGAGCUCGACUUGCUUAAAAGCUCACCGGGUUAUGUUUCCUCCACUCAAGACGUGCCUCUUGCAGCUGAUACAACCCAUACUUCUGAAUUCCUAGGUCUGAACUCCGACUAUGGUGCAUGGCCGGCAUCAAAUUAUGGCGCCGAUGUCAUAAUUGGGCUAGUCGACACCGGAAUUUGGCCAGAGAGUGCCACCUUUAGAGAUGACGGAAUGACUCAAGUACCAAAACGGUGGAAAGGAGAAUGUAUGAACGGAACUGAUUUUAAUUCUUCUAUGUGCAACAGGAAGCUCAUUGGAGCUCGGUUCUUCAACAAAGGUCUGGCUGCCAACACACCCAGUUUCAGUACAUCGAUGAAUUCCCCUCGUGAUACUGACGGACACGGAACCCAUACUUCUUCCACAGCCGCCGGCAACUACGUGGAAGGCGCUUCCUACUUUGGCUACGCCAGAGGGACUGCCAAAGGCAUGGCCCCAAAAGCACGCAUAGCCAUGUACAAAGCUCUCUGGGAAACAGGCACCUUCGCAUCUGAUGUUAUUGCAGCCAUAGACCAAGCAAUUGCGGACGGUGUCGAUAUCAUCUCGUUGUCCUUGGGCAGAUACUCGCUGUCUCUGUAUGAAGACCCCAUUGCCAUAGCUUCCUUUUCAGCCAUGGAGAAGGGCAUUUUCGUUGCCGCAUCGGCAGGAAAUGAUGGACCUUUCAGAUUUACCCUUCACAACGAUGCACCAUGGCUACUAACUGUUGCUUCAGGUACAGUCGAUCGUGAAUUCAGCGGAAUCGUUACUAUGGGCAAUGGUGUUUCAGUGUCGGGUGCAUCUCUGUACCAUGGAAAUCAUUCGCUGAUCAACUUGCCCCUCGUUUUCAUGGGCAACUGCACAAAUGGGCAGGACUUAAAGGCAGUUGGUCACAAUAAGAUCGUCGUCUGUGAAGGCACGGCUGGGUACAAUCGCAACGAGUCUCCAGACAUGGAUGCCAUAAGCGAACAAAUCAACAAUGUUCGACAAGCAGGGGUAGCUGGAGGGAUAUUCUUAUACAAAGGUCCUGAAUUGGAACCCUACAUCCAAAUCUCAUUUCCUGGGGUUUUUGUAGGGCGUAACAAGGGCCAAGCCAUCUUGGGUUACAUUAAGAGAAGCCCAGACCCAAGAGCCAGUUUCAAAUUCCACAGCACGCGCGUUGGAAUUAAGCCGGCACCUAGAGUGGCUGUCUACAGCUCGAGAGGGCCGUCUUCUAGCUGCCCUGGCGUUCUAAAGCCCGACCUCAUGGCUCCGGGCUCCUUGGUCCUGGCAUCAUGGGCUCCAACCAGCCCAGUAGUAGACGAGGGAUCCAUACAGUUGUUUAGCAACUUCAACAUCAUAUAUGGGACGUCCAUGGCUUGCCCUCAUGCAGCAGGAGUUGCAGCACUUUUGAAAGGGGCCCAUCCUGAAUGGAGCCCCGCGGCCAUUCGAUCUGCCAUGAUGACCACAGCAGAUUCAUUGGACAAUACUCUGGGUCCCAUCACCCAAGUUGUGGAUAAAGAACGACCCGCCACUCCACUGUCAAUGGGAGCGGGUCACAUUAACCCAAACAAGGCACUCGACCCCGGGCUUAUCUAUGACGCCAAUGCACAAGACUACGCGAGGCUUCUCUGUGCCUUGAAUUACACCAGAGAGCAAAUGAAUAAGAUUACCAGGUCUUCUUCUGGUCACAACUGUUUGAACCCAUCUUUGGAUCUCAAUUACCCCUCCUUCAUUGCGUUACUCCGGGACGACUUGCCACCAGAUGCCAAAGUCAUCAGAGAAUUCCGGAGGACGGUGACAAACGUGGGUGAUGGAAUGGCAGAAUAUACUGCGGAGUUGACACCCAUUGAUGGUUUUCGGUUGAAAGUUGAACCAGACCGACUGGUUUUCAAAGACAAGUACGAGAAACAAAGCUACAAACUGACAUUGGAGGGUCCAGGGUCUGUCGAAAGCGGUGUGGUCCAUGGUUCUCUCAACUGGGUAGAAGUAGGAGGCAGGCAUGUGGUGAGAAGUCCCAUCGUGGCCACAAGUUUCCUUAAAAAUGACUAAGGACCGGAAGAGUAGUUUCCUUUGGAUUAAUUGUUUUAAGUUGGGAAAAGAAUAGAUUAUAGUCAAAAUCAGUUUCAAGUUCAUUCAUCACUCUCGGUUGUGUAAAUUCUUGUAAAACCAGAGCUUUUCUGGUUUAUUUUUCUGUCUUUUAUUCAUUGACAAUACAAGUAUAUAUAUAACCACCGAA